AAUUCGAUGUUUGCGCGCGGCGCGGAGGAACGAAACGAAUGCAGCGGCCACCACUGGACACCGCUCACCGUCCGUAGCACUUCGACCGUUCAAGCAAGCGAUUUGUUUUAGGAGAUGAUCGAAGCUUUGCCCCGCUCGGCGUUAACAAUUCAGUAUCACGUUCGCGGCCGAUUUCAAUUAGAGCGCAUCCUUCGUUCUGUUCAAACGUUUUUCUAAUUAUUUCGCUGCGGACGGACGUAAAAGUGCGUAGUCGACGCAAAUCGAUCAACGAAAACAAUUCAUUCUGAGUGCGUUCAGCAGGUCGAGUGCGGUAGUUACGGUUGGUAUUUGUGAGGUUUCCAAAACCGCUUAGUCGACAACCAAGAAAAAGAAUUCGAACCUGGAUCCGGUACAAAAGCGGCGAGUGCUAGAAAAUUUCCAUCGCUUGACGUGAAACGACUGUCGCGGUAUCUGGUGUGGGAGUGAGUGAGACGUGCACAAGGCCGCACGCACAGGCGGGAAAGGAAGAGGCGAUCCGAUUUGUUCUGUUGCAGCUAGACUGGUAGCGUGCGCGCGCUAUGGUACUUACCAACUUCGAGUGCUGGGCACAUGGAGGCUCGGACAAUUUGUCGGUGAAUGGGUUGAUCGAGCGGCGCGGGAACUCCGUUGACUUGUUCAACCCGGCGGUCCUGCAGCAGUCGUGCAACGGCGUCUCGAAUGGGGGCGACGUACACGCUAGCGUCCAGGAGCACGUGAAGAAUGUUUCGCACCUGUCGUCAAACGGCUACUACGGCUUCGUCGCAUGCACUGUUGAUGACAACAGAGCAUUGCAGGACGAUAUUUCGAAAACAACUGGCGGCAACAACAAUGACGUCAACAAACAACACGAACUGUAUGCAGCGAGUGCAACAAUAGCGACGACAACCGGCGAUGACACAAUGGACACGAUGGAUGUUGAGCAACAUCACAUGGCAGCGGGUGCUGGAAGCCAGGGGCUGGGAAGGGGGUGUGGUGGCAUCGAGGUGGAUUCGAUGUUCUUGCGGCGCGAACCGGCUUUGGCGGCAACAUCGCUUGUUGUGCAGCAAAGUAAUAGCAAUAACGGUUUUGGCUCGGAUCGCAGAAAACGACUUUUGGUGAGAGACGAGAGAAUGCUUGGAAUGGGGGCAGAGUCGGGAGCUGUGAAAAGAUUUCGACACGACAUUGGCAAUCGCGAGUUUCAUUCAGUCAGAGAUGAAAACACAACAAUGUACCCAUCAGCAGUGCAGGCAGGGAAACAGUUUGUCAUGGAGCAAGAUGACGUUGCAGUCAAUGUUUCCACGGAAAACCAAAUGGUAUUGAAUUUCCCCGACCCGAAUUUAGUUUACCAACAACAUCAUUCAUACGGCCAAUCCCAAAUGCUACCGAUGUCAGGUCAUGUAAUUGAUCCACCGAAAUCAUUAAACAAAAGAAAACAAAAUAGUACACAUUCAUUAGAUAUAGAUCAAAACCAUAGAAAACCUUUCACUGAAAAUUCAGAUGUGGGAAAUUCUUGUAACAUGUUACCGCCAUCUAAAAAACGUGUUACAUUUUAUCAUGUAAACGAUAGGACAUUCACGUACAAUCAACUGCAAACGAAUUUUUGUGGGGAUGACACUAAAAAUAAAUUUCAGCAUUUUGUAGACACAAAUUUAUCGAAUACAACUGCAAACUGUAGUGUAGAUGAUCAAGUCCAUAAAUAUCAUAAAAAUGACGACGAUAUAUUGGAAAGUUUAUUUUUAUCUUUGCAUGGCGGUAGUAAUCGCCAUGUGUGGCGCCAUUUAUCAAAUUGUAUUAAUGAUGAGAUAUAAAAAUGGGAAGAAAUCUAUUUGCGUAAUUAACAACUGCACUCUGUAAUGUAGCGAUUAGAUGUUCUGGAUUAUUGUAGUUUUAAUAAAUUUCAGGUUAUCGAAACCGGAUGAAUACGCUUUCAUGUUUAUUGUGAAUUUUUUGUAUUUUAGUAAGUAAUUUCUAUCAGAAAUAAAGUAUAUAUUUUUCUUA